CUCGAACAAGCUAUGGCUAGAGUUGAAUUCUCAGACUUGAAUCUCAUUUGUUUUACUCAUUUUUUGUUCAGCAACGCUAUUGUAGCCUCUCUAAACCACCAGUUGCACCUGCAUUACGGAGAACCUGAAAGCAAAUUAGAUCCUGUCGAUCCUGAAUUCGGCCGCAAUUAUCUGUCUAGCCAGACUCGAUCACUUGUACGUCACCACCGUCGCAUUAGGCCCAAGGCAGGGGGUCCAGAUCAAAACCAGGAAUUGACUGCUGCCAGUACUGCACUCACAUGGCUCAUACGAGCAGUCGAUCUAUCCGCCUUAACCACGCGCCUCACUCGUCCUUCAUCUUCGUCCACUUCUAGGAAACCAGCAAAUAAGCCGGUCAGAAAAUCGCGCUCAUCAGUUUGGCUAUCCGAAGUUAGCGGAUUCCUUACGGCUUACCUAUGGGAUCAGGCCGCUUCUACCGUGCAAGUGAUACGUGGCCAAACGUCUCCCAAACCUCACUCUUCUGACCUUCAUGCCUCCAACCAUUCCUCUCGAUCUGAAAAUGCCGCUUCUUUCUUCACUCCGACCUCUCAACUAAAUCCCAGCUCUUCCUCGUCCCCUUCUAUUUCCCCGUCGGGGAAAUUAACUCCAAAUUCUCCGCCAAUCAAGCAAUUGAAAUCUCAGACUGGCCAGGCUUUAGCUGAACCACCUGUCUCGUCCACAGACAUUAAAAACCCAUUGACUGAUAGUUCUGGGAGUAGGACUCAAUAA